AUGAAAUCGGGUACAGUUUCUAAAAGUGAUGCUUUUUCAACCGAGGAUCCAGUGAUGGUCUGUGGUGUAGUAGAGUCGACUAGUAGCUCCGAUUGGACUCUUGUAUGGGAAGAUAAUUUCAAUUGGAACGGUGGAAUCGAUCCUACAAAGUGGGAAUUUGAUGUCGGUGGACAUGGUUGGGGUAAUAAUGAGAAACAAUUUUACACAAAUAAUCGCCAAGAAAAUACACGUUGUGAGCUAUUUCCAGGUAGCAGUAAUGGUCGUCUCAUUAUUGAAGCACGUCGAGAACAAAUGAAAAACUGUGAAUUUAUGUCGGCUCGCCUCAAGAGCAAGGUCAAAUGGACUUAUGGUCGUUUGCAAAUUCGUGCCAAACUACCUGACGGUCGUGGUCUAUGGUCAGCUCUUUGGAUGUUACCCGAAAAGGCAACACACAGCAGUGUCUAUUGGCCAGAUAACGGCGAAAUAGACUUGAUGGAACAAGUUGGCUAUGAUCCACUACGUAUUCAUUCAACUGUGCAUACACAGGCAUAUAAUCACAUGAAAGGCACUCAAAAAGGUCUUUCCAUUAUUGUUAGUGAUGCUGUUUCAAAUUUUAAAAUUUACACUCUCAAUUGGAAUCCUAAUAAAAUUGAAAUGUACGCUGGUGACGAUGCUAAUCCAUUCGCUAAUCAUAUAUUUACAUGGAAUAAAGAAGGUGAUUGGACACAAUGGCCGUUCGAUAAACCAUUCUUUAUUAUUAUGAAUCUUGCUGUGGGUGGUAAUUGGGGUAGUGCACACGGCAUCGAUAAUAAUAUAUUUCCUCGUCGAAUGGAAAUCGAUUGGGUGCGUUUUUAUCAACAAAGCUAA